AUGGUGUUCUAUCAGCCUACCGGUGAUCACUCUAAUCCUCGGAGCUUAUGGAAGGAUCUUGCACGGGAAAGAUUUCAAUUUCCAUUCAAGAAAGUGCGUGACUGGCUCAUAAACCAGAAUGAAUGGCAAAAAUACGCUCCACCGCCGAAAGAUAUUCCAAGAGUCAGUUAUGGUAAAAAUUUCACGUCCAAACUGUGUGCACCAUAG